GCAAACUACCGCCACACUCAAUUUUGAAUUCCAUUUCAAAAUCUGACCCUCACUUUAUCUUUGUCCAUACGCUCUUCUCAAUCCGGAUCUCUUCUUCUUCAGCUCCCAAUUUCCUGCUCUAGAGAGAGAGAGCUCCGUUAACCCCCCCUUCCCCCCUGCGUAUGGCUUCCAAGAACCAGAACAAGCCUCCUCCCGCUCUUUCACAUAGUAAGCCCAGUGGCGAUGAGGCUACGGUGGAUAAGAGGCGGCGGAUUGGAGGCACUAAAGUGACCUCUGGCACUGUGGGAAGGCCACAAGCUCGGCAAGCAUUUUCGGUGGUGAAUGGGGGACAGGAUCCACCUCCUAACAGUAAGCUGUCGAGCAGCUCGGGUGCAGACUGUGGAGUUAUUGAGUUCACCAAGGAGGACGUAGAGGCCUUGCUCAGCGAGAAACCAGCAAGUAAAAAUAAAUUCAACUACAACUUCAAGGAAAAGAAAGAACAAAUGGAGGACUGCAUAAAGAGGCUUAAGCAGUGUGUUAGGUGGUUCCGACAUCUGGAAGGGAAUUAUGUAACCGAGCAGGAGAAGCUCAAGAAUUUGUUGGAAGUUUCAGAAAAGAAAUGCAGUGAUGUGGAACGGCUGAUGAAAGAGAAGGAUAAUGAAUUGAAUUCGAUUAUCAUGGAGUUGCGGCAAAACCUAGACACACUGCAAGAAAAUCAUACUAAAGUGCAGCUAGAGAAAUCGGAAGCAUUGGAUUCUUUAGAACAAGAAAGAGAGGCCAAACUUGCUGCUGAGAAAGUGCAAGCUUCCCUUCUAGAAGAGCUUAAGCGAACUCAAGAAGACAAUGCUAGUAACAUCCAGAAGAUACAAUCACAAAAUGAUAUGUACAAGAGGUUACAAGAGUACAACACAAGCUUACAACAAUAUAAUAGUAGACUGCAGUCUGAACUUCAUGAAACUAAUGAGACACUAAAACAUGUUGAGAAAGAGAAGGCGGCAGUUGUGGAAAACCUUAGUACACUGAGAGGCCAUCAUAGUUCUCUGCAAGAGCAACUUGCAACCUCAAGGGAUUCGCAAAAUGAAGCUAUAAAACAAAAGGAGGCACUGGCUAGUGAAGUUACCAGCUUGAAAGGUGAUUUGCUAAAAAUAAGAGAUGAUCGUGAUCGACAGCUGUUUCAAGUUCAUGCUCUAUCAGCUGAAGUAGUGAAGUACAGAGAAUCCACUGGAAAGUUUGUUGCUGAGUUAGAGAGCGUCAGUGGCAAAAUGGACGAGCUGGAGUCAACGUGUUGUAGUCAAACAGUGCAAAUUAGACAACUGCAGGAGCAGCUGGCGUAUGCAGAAAAGAAGCUAAAGCUAUCAGACAUGUCAGCAACGGAGACAAGAUCUGAAUUCGAGGAACAAAAUAUAUUUAUUCAUGAGUUACAAGACCGAUUGGCUGAUGCAGAGUUCAAAAUCGCAGAAGGAGAAAAGCUUCGCAAAAAACUGCACAACACUAUCUUGGAGUUGAAAGGGAACAUCCGCGUCUUUUGUAGAGUGAGGCCCUUUUUGUCUGAUGAUGGAGUUGGAGCUGACACAAAAGUUAUCUCUUUCCCAACAGCUACAGAAACAAUGGGUCGAGGCAUUGAUGUAACUCAAAAUGGGCAAAAGCUUUCUUUCACUUUUGACAAAGCAUUCGUGCCUGAUACGUCCCAACAAGAAGUUUUUGUGGAGAUAUCACAGCUUGUACAAAGUGCACUCGAUGGCUAUAAGGUUUGUAUCUUUGCCUAUGGGCAAACCGGUUCUGGCAAGACGUAUACCAUGAUGGGCAAGCCAGAAUCACCUGAUCAAAGAGGUUUGAUUCCGAGAACAUUGGAACAGGUAUUUGAGACGCGACAAAUUCUGCAGGCCCAAGGAUGGAAAUAUGAAAUGCAGGUUUCAAUGCUUGAAAUAUAUAAUGAAACAAUCCGUGAUCUGUUAGCCCCAAACAAAUCAAUCUCUGAUGCAUCUCGGCCAGAAAAUGGGAAGCAAUACACUAUCAAACAUGAUGCAAAUGGAAACACUCACGUUUCUGAUCUUACAAUCAUGGAUGUUCGUAGUAGCAAGGAGGUUUCGUACCUCUUAGAUCGGGCAGCGCAGAGUAGGUCCGUAGGAAAGACACAAAUGAAUGAACAAUCUUCAAGGAGCCAUUUUGUCUUCACCUUGCGAAUCAUGGGUUUUAAUGAGAGUACCGACCAACAAGUACAAGGUGUUCUGAAUCUGAUCGACCUUGCUGGUAGUGAGAGGUUAUCCAAGAGUGGCGCUACUGGAGAUCGGUUGAAAGAAACCCAGGCCAUUAAUAAAAGCUUAUCGUCUCUAAGCGAUGUUAUAUUUGCCUUGGCCAAGAAGGAGGAGCAUGUGCCUUAUAGGAACUCCAAGUUAACCUAUCUUCUCCAGCCUUGUUUAGGUGGAGACUCAAAGACGUUGAUGUUUGUGAACGUGUCGCCGGAUCCUUCAUCAGUAGGUGAAUCAAUUUGUUCACUGAGGUUUGCUGCAAGGGUCAAUGCUUGUGAAAUAGGCGUGCCGAGGCGCCAAACAAGCCUCAAGUCUUAUUCGGAUUCUCGUCUGAGCAUUGGCUGAUCUGAUAUUCACAAACUGUGUUUAUUUUUUACAAGUACUAACCUAAAGAAUCUUGUGUGAUUUUGUGUUGUAUAAGGUGUCAUUACAUUCUCAUUGAUAAUAUAUGAUCAAAUCUUACCACAAA